AUGCAUCCACGACGUGCCUCCAAAUACGAAUUCGACUUAUCGAAUCUACGAACAUUCCAAGGCCUUCCGGGUAUUCCACCUCACCAAGAUCUAGAAUGCUGCAUUAUCUGUCUUGAGCCGAUAGCCUCAACGUCCGUCCUACGGGAGUUUCCAUGUGGGCAUCUCUUCCACCAAGUCUGUGCCGAUGACUGGGUCUGCAAUUUUGAUUCCAGGUGUCCUAUAUGUCGCCAGGCGUUCUACUACUUGCGAUAUCCACGAAUGACCAAGCCUCCGCCCCCAGCUGUCAUCCAGGAGAGUGGGCGAAGCUCACGGUGGGGUUCUGAGAAUGUCCAUACUCAUGGGACGUUUCAUUCGCUUAAGCAUUGGUGUAAGACUAGGUUGAGUACUAGGACCAAUGGCAGUGGGCGUUGCCACGCAGGGGCGGCAAUGACGAUGGAUAGCAACCCUGCUUCUUCUGAUCAGUAA